AUGAAUCAACCAAAUAUCAAAUCUACCAUGAUUCCGCUUUGCUUUCAAGUUCGUGAAGCAGUGUGGGCCAUCGCCAUCUAUCUAGGAUGUGCUCAAUUCCUAGCCGAUGCGUGUUUUGCCCGGGUACCUAGACUUAUUGGAACGGAAUUGUUCGGGUGCUUUAUUGCUUUUGGCGCACUACGCCGUUCUUUCAAGGCCUCUUCAGGGGGUAUGGUUCCUCAAAGGUCGGGUUACGAAAUUGAUUAG